AUGGUUGAGCUGAGCAAGCUUGAGGAAGACCUUCAGGACCCAGGCAAGGCCCAGGGCCCUGUGGAGGCGCAGCUCUUUGGGGCUGAGGCGGGGGAGGCUGCAUCCCCCUCAGCCUCCUCCCCCACAGUCUCCUGCUCCGCCCUUGCAGAGGCCUUGCCCCAGGAAGCUGUGAAUAAGAUGGUGGCUAACCUGAUGAAGUUCUUUCUCCUCAAGUAUCUGGCCAAACAGCUGACCUCCCAAGCGGAAAUGCUGAAGAAGGUCCUCAAGGAUAACCAGGAGCACUUCCCGGUGGUCUUCAGUCAAGCCUCAGAGUACCUACAGGUGGUCGUUGAUGUGGAGGUGAAGUAGUUGGACCCCGGGGAGCACACCUACAUCAUGGUCCCCACCCUGGGCCUCACCUGUGAUGAGAUGCUGAGCAGUGGGCAGAGCCUGCCCAAGGCCAGCCUCCUGGUGCUGGUCCUCAGCCUGAUCAUGCAGAAUGAAGACCUGGCCCCUGAGGAGGCAGUCUUGGGAGCACUCAGCAGGAUGGGGGUGUAUGUUGGGAGUGCGUACUGUGUCUUUGGGGAGCCCAGGGAGCUUCUGACCCAAGUGUGGGUGCAAGAGGAAUACCUGGAGCCUUGGUAUUUGUCCCAGAAGGAAGGCUGGUUGAUGUCCCAGAGCUACGGCUACACCUGGGCUUGUCCUGUGGGAGUCCAAGGCCUGGAACUGAAGCUAGGCAGGAACCAAGGGACUGACACGGACGUGAAGGAGCCCUCUCUCACAGGCAGAGUGCUGGACGCCAGGGCAGUGUCUCCUCAGGGACUGCUCGCCCCAGUCACGUCAGGAUUGAUUGGGUGGCUCACACUACAACUGUGUGGGUUCAGGAGGCCGGCAGCCAAGGUCAAGGUGUCGGCUGAUGUUGAUGCUCAUGAGGGCUGUGGAGAGAGUCUGUCCCAUCUCUCCCCCAUCACUUCCGGGGGCAUUGCUGGCCAUGGACCCAAUGAGGUGGAGGAGCUGGAGAAUCAAGCCCUGCUACCCAACCUGCAACAGAAGUACCUGACUGUGCUUGCCGACCCCCGCUGGCUGCUGCAGCCUGUCCCGGGGAGGGCCAGGAAAGACGUCUUCCAGGUAGAUAUCCUCAAGCACCUAAUCCCCUUUGGGCGGGAGGCCUGCCAGACUGAGCACUCCAGAGUAAGGUGA